AUGGUUAUCCCUUCGACCUUUGAUGCAGUGAAGUCACACCUCUCUCAGGUCCUGGGUGACCCCACCACAGCCUUGGAUAUCCCGUUGAUCGACAAGUUGAAGUUGCAGCUUGUUGAAUCGACAGAUCGUGUUGUUCCUGCUACGAUUUUGUCUCAAAUUUCUGCCCUCCUUCCAGUUUUGCGAGAAGACCCUACCCCUAUCACUACCCUCGGAAUACAAGCCACCGCAUACUUCAGCUUCAUUGAUCUCCAAUCCGUCGAUCCCCCGAUCAACCUUAUCGCUGGCUUCAAAGCUCCAUCCCCACCGAUCAAUCUCCUCGCUCUAUCAUUGCUUGCCAAAGCUGGACAACGUUCUAGUGAAGCUGCCAUCGUUGCAGGCGACUCAGACCUGGUAGCUUCGCUGGUGGAGCUAUGGCUUUCAACCUCUUCCACCGAAGUCGCGCAAGCUGCACUUGACACAAUAUGGGCGCUUCUAAAGGUUGAUGCCGGCCAACAUCUGGAGGCUGGAGAAUCUGUGAAUGGUGAUACAAGUCAUGGGGGACCAGGCCUUAUGUGGAGGAGGGUAUUCACGGACGAGAAGGUCUACGGUCUGCUGUUCGGGCUAUGUAGCCUUCAGCCCAAUGCGCUUGGUGACCUUUCCAAGCGCGAAAGAACUCUCGCACAGGGCAGAUUGAUGGCACUUCUAGUCAAGGCCGGGGAGAUACGCUGGGACAUCAUUUCAACGGCACAGAUCCCGGAGAUCGAGACCAAAUACCAGAGCAGCAGUCUCCUGCAUUUCGCAACUUGUCAGAUGGUUGAAGUCAGCGACAUCUUGAUGCAUAUGACGCUGGUCAACUUUUUGCGCGAAUUACUGGAAAUUGAUGGGCCGGGCCUUGUUGCUCGAAGUUGUGUGCAGUCCACUUCGACUUUCUCGUCCCUUGCCCUUGACUUCCUCGUCUCACACCAGUUACAUCAUAAAGUUCUGAGCUAUUAUCUCGAUGAGUCCGCGCUCGAUGCAGUCGAUCUCGUAUACUUAUCCGGUCCAGUCAUGGCCUAUGUGGCUCGGUACGCCGAGAUGUAUCCCAAUCACUUACUACAGAACCCCGUUACUCUACUCGACGGGAUUAUCUCCCGCAUUAACAGAUCUCUCGCUAUUCAGAGCACGCAGUGGGCACAUGGAGAAGCCCCCACGGGUCAUUUGGCUAUUCUUGCUUCACUUCCACGAGUGCUCCUCGUGGCAGCGGGCAAGCAUGGUGCCAAUCCUGCCCUCGCUAUUCCGACUAACCCUCCAAACAACGAGGCUCUGGAUGUUUUGGCGAAAAUCUUCCACGGACCUCGGCGGACUAGUGCCUCUAUGGUUUUGAACACAUCUGGCCAAACCCCAACUGACUGGGACCGCGAAGCGGCCGCAGCGCGCGUCCUCUACUUCUCUUACCUCAACCAACACCCCACAUUCUGGGACAACGUUGUGGCGGCUGCAGAUGUCCUGGUGAUGAAGGAUACUGCCUUGUCGGCAAUCAACUUUAUGAAGGCUAUCACUACAGCAAACUGGACCUCAUUGCCUCCAGCCCCUGCUAACUCUGAUUCAUCCCGGUUCCAACUGCCCUCUGAAGAUGAUCUUGGUCGACUAUCCCCGGCUGCUAGUGGCACUUUCCCCACCUCAGGAGCAUGGGCAGUUCUUACUCCACCUGCACUGACCACCCUUCUCCCAUAUCUCUUCAAGCCGCCCCUCUCCUACGCAGACUUCGUCGGGGGUGGUGCUGGUGAUGCUCAGAGUGUUGUUUGGAAAGUUGCGACUGCCAAACAUGACGUUCUUGUAGCACUGCAUUCUCGGCUGGAAGGAACCGGUAGUGAAGUGGAAGGAUUCGAGGACAUCAUGCAAACUUUACAACAGCGUGUUAAUGAGGGUCCCUGGGGCCCUGUGCGAUCUGCCGGGGCACAGGUCACGACUAUGACGUCGUAA